AUGGCUUGCAUGAAACUGGGAUCUAAGUCUGAAAUAUUUUACGUAUAUGGCCAAAGUUGGCUCUGCUCAACUGGACUUCCAAGUGAUGUCAUUAUUGAAAUUGGUGAGGCAUCAUUCCAUCUCCACAAGUUUCCACUGAUAUCAAGAAGUAAGGAACUAGAACGUUUCAUGAGAGAUUUACCAAACGACAACGAGAAAUCAAUUUUGGAACUUCAUGAUCUACCAGGAGGAGCCAAAGCUUUUCUUCUUGUUGCUAGGUUCUGUUAUGGUGUCAAAAUGGAACUAACUCCAUCCAAUGUGGUUCCACUAAGAUGUGCAGCUGAGUAUCUACAAAUGACUGAAGACUAUGGAGAAGGAAACCUAAUCAUACAAACUGAAAAAUUCCUUAACCACAUUUUUGGUUAUUGGACAGACACACUUAAAGCUCUCAAAACAUGUGAAGGGGUUUUACCUUUAGCUGAAGAGCUUCACAUAACAUCAAGAUGCAUACAUUCUCUUGUUUUGAAAGCUGCAGAUCCAACUUUGGCUAUUUUACCUCUUUCUGGUCCAAGUUCUGUUCAAAGUCCAGAGGAUUCAGAAAUGUGGAAUGGAAUAUCCACAAGCCUUACAUCAAAAGAAUCUGGUGAAGAUUGGUGGUUUGAGGAUGUUUCUUCGCUUAGUUUACCUUUGUAUAAGAGAUUCAUGCAAGCUGGUAUUGCAAGACACAUGAAACCGAGAAGAGUUUCUGGUUCACUUGUUUACUAUGCGAAGAAAAACAUACCUUCUUUGUCAAGUUAUCAAAAUGGAAACUCGGCAAAAUUAAAUCUUUCUGAAGCUGAUCAAAGGAAUCUGAUUGAAGAAAUAGUUGAGUUGCUUCCAAAUGAAAAGGGUAUAACACCAACAAAGUUUUUGCUCAAGUGUUUGAGAACAGCUAUGGCUUUAUACGCUAGCUCUUCUUGCUGUUCAAGUUUGGAAAAAAGAAUUGGUUUUCAGUUAGACGAAGCUGAUCUUGAAGAUCUUUUGAUUCCAAAUAUUGGUUACUCAAUGGAGACAAUUCAUGAUAUUGAUUGUGUUCAAAGAAUGCUCGAUCAUUUCAUGAUUGUUGAUCAUGAUGAUGUUGAUUCUACAUCGAAUAAUGAUAUCGUUGAAGAAGAGAGACGCAUAGUUGCAAACUGUCAACAUCUUAAUCCAAUGACAAAAGUUGCUGAGUUGAUGGAUAGUUAUUUAGCAGAAGUAGCACCUGAUGUUAACUUGAAGUUGCCAAAAUUUCAAUCACUUGCUGCUGUUAUUCCUGAUUGUGCUAGGACUUUAGAUGAUGGUAUUUAUCGCGCAAUCGAUAUAUUCCUCAAGAGCCAUGCAUGGAUGACAGAAUCUGAGAAGGAACAAAUCUGCAGGCUGAUGAAUUGCCAGAAACUCUCAUUGGAAGCAAGCACACACGCAGCUCAAAACGAGAGGCUACCACUUCGCGUUGUUGUCCAAGUUUUGUUCUUCGAACAACUCAAGCUCCGCACAUCUGUUGCAGGUUGGUUCUUUGCUUCUGACACACUCGAAAACCCAACAAACCUGAGUGGAAACCUUGCUCUAAUGAGAAGCGACGGAAACGGAAACAACAUUACACAUAAUAACCCUGUCGUAGCUUUUGAUCACAUGAAAGACAGAGUUUCUGAGCUUGAGAAAGAGUGUUUGAGCAUGAAACAAGAUUUGGAGAAAAUGAUGAAGUCUAAGGGAAGCUGGAACAUGCUCUUAAAGAAAUUGGGGUGUAGAUUAAUUCCUAAGACUUCUCUUCCUAAGGUUUCAAAGCCAUGCAGGAAGUCCAAAAUAGCACCAGCUUCAGUAACUGACUUGGAAGAGAAUGCUGUGGUAGUUACCUGA